AGAGGUUGGGCAGUAGCAGGGGUGGGGCAGCCGCUGUGCUGAGGUCUGCCUCCUGGGAUCUGGGGUCUUGGGGUGGGUAGCGGGGACAGAGCAGGGAGGAGCAGCGUAGGAAACUCUUGGGGAAGUAGGCUCGUGUCCGAGGACACGCGUCCUCUGAGUCACAAAUCCUGGAAGCCAGGGUCAGGCAGAGGAAGCUGCGCAAGGUCUUCCUGUUUUUUGGCCCUGAACGUUAGUGCCUUGUGUUCUGGAGCUGCUGUUCCCUCCUUCGCCCCCACCUACUGGGGCUUGAGAUCCUCAAUACACAAGGUCAGGGGAGGGCUGGGAGAUGCCUCUGCUGCCUGGAUGGGGAAACUGAGGCCCGGAGCUUGUUGGAGAUUGAUGAAGCUGCUGGUUUGGGACUGCACCCCUUUCUGGUGUCACCUGUGGCCACCUGGUCCUCGCCAUGCGGACCCCGCGAGCGCCCCCUCCUUGCCUGGCCCUGCUGCUGCUUCUGCUGCUGCUCCUGGGGGUCGCUCAUGGCCUCUUCCCGGAAGAACCACCUCCACUCAGUGUGGCUCCCAGGGACUACCUUAGCCACUACCCCGUGUUCGUGGGCAGCGGGCCUGGUCGUCUGACCCCUGCAGAGGGUGCUGAGGACCUCAACAUCCAGCGGGUGCUACGAGUUAACAGGACACUGUUCAUCGGGGACAGAGACAACCUAUACCAGGUAGAGCUGGAACCAUCCACAUCCACGGAGCUGCGGUACCAGAGGAAGCUGACCUGGCGCUCCAAUCCCAGUGACAUUGAUGUGUGUCGGAUGAAGGGCAAGCAAGAGGGCGAGUGUCGGAACUUCGUCAAGGUGCUCCUGCUUCGUGACGAGUCCACCCUCUUCGUGUGCGGCUCCAACGCAUUCAAUCCCGUCUGUGCCAAUUACAGUAUGGACACGCUGCAGCCUCUUGGGGACAACAUCAGUGGCAUGGCUCGCUGUCCCUACGACCCCAAGCAUGCCAAUGUCGCCCUCUUCUCAGAUGGGAUGCUCUUCACAGCCACAGUGACUGAUUUCCUAGCCAUUGAUGCAGUCAUCUACCGCAGCCUCGGGGACCGGCCCACCCUGCGCACAGUAAAGCAUGACUCCAAGUGGUUUAAAGAGCCCUACUUCGUGCACGCAGUCGAGUGGGGUAGCCAUGUCUACUUCUUCUUCCGGGAAAUUGCCAUGGAGUUCAACUACCUGGAAAAGGUGGUGGUAUCCCGUGUGGCCCGUGUAUGCAAGAAUGAUGUGGGUGGCUCCCCACGGGUGCUGGAGAAGCAGUGGACUUCCUUCCUGAAGGCGCGGCUCAACUGCUCUGUGCCUGGGGACUCGCACUUCUACUUCAACGUACUGCAGGCUGUGACAGGUGUGGUGGACCUGGGUGGCCGGCCAGUGAUCCUCGCUGUCUUCUCAACCCCCAGCAACAGCAUCCCUGGCUCAGCCGUCUGCGCCUUCGACAUGAACCAAGUUGCUGCUGUGUUUGAAGGCCGUUUCCGAGAACAGAAGUCCCCUGAGUCCAUCUGGACACCAGUGCCUGAAGACCAAGUGCCACGGCCUAGGCCUGGGUGCUGUGUAGCACCUGGCAUGCAGUACAACGCAUCCAGUGCCCUGCCAGACGAGAUCCUCAACUUCGUGAAGACCCAUCCACUGAUGGACGAGGCGGUACCGUCCCUGGGUCACGCGCCCUGGAUCGUGAGGACUCUGAUGCGGCACCAGCUGACCCGUGUGGCUGUGGAUGUGGGUGCGGGCCCGUGGGGCAAUCAGACAAUAGUCUUCCUUGGCUCCGAGGUGGGCACUGUCCUCAAAUUCCUUGUGAAGCCCAACACCAGUGUCUCAGGGACCUCGGGGCCCAGCGUCUUCCUGGAGGAGUUUGAGACCUACCGGCCUGACAGGUGUGGACAAUCUGGCAGUGGUGGUGAGUGGGGGCAGCGACUGCUGAGCCUGGAGCUGGACACAGCCUCGGGUGGCCUGCUGGCGGCCUUCCCCCGCUGCGUGGUCCGUGUGCCUGUCGCCCGCUGCCAGCUGUACUCGGGGUGCAUGAAGAACUGUAUUGGCAGCCAGGAUCCGUACUGCGGGUGGGCCCCUGACGGUUCCUGUAUCUUCCUCAGACCAGGAACCAGUGCCAUGUUUGAGCAAGAUGUGUCCGGGGCUAGCACCUCAGGCUUAGGGGACUGCACAGGACUCUUGCGCGCCAGCCUCUCGGAUGAGCGCGCAGGGCUGGUGUCAGUGAACCUACUGGUGACGUCCUCAGUGGCGGCGUUCGUGGUGGGCGCCGUGGUGUCUGGCUUCAGCGUGGGCUGGUUCGUGGGUCUCCGCGAACGGCGGGAGCUGGCCCGGCGCAAGGACAAGGAGGCCAUCCUGGCUCACGGCGGCGGCGCAUAUACUGAUUUUUUUGUUUAUUUUGAGUUUUUUUUUUCUCUAAGAAAUUGCACAGCCCCGUUCUUGGGGUGGCAGCCGGGGUGGGGGGUGAGGACGUGGGGUGGGGGAGGCAGAGCUGCAGACAUGAGCCUUCCCGCCUCAACUCAUCCUCCGCAGAAGGGACCCCCUCCCGGGUCCCGGGCCCCUGCGUGUGUGGGUGUGUCUGUGUGCAUGGCCUGUUCGUGUGCAAGGGCCCGGGACAGAAGUGUGUGUGUGUGUGCGUGUGUGUGUGUGUGUGAGACAGGGCCACUGUGGGUGUGCGAGUGCGCGACGCAGAAUGUGGGUGAUGGCGCCCUCAGAGACCUUGGCGUUGGCUGAGCCAAUGUGGGGACUUCUGGAGAGAAGCCCAGGGGAGGGGCCUUCGAGGUGCCGGUUUGGAGUUCAAAUCCUGCUUCUGCAGAGGGGAACCUGGGGGUCCAGGCUGGGAGAUGGGGGAACCUGCUUCUAAAGGGCUUGUGGGGGGCUUGGGGGGGUAGAGGUGGGCAGACCCCCCUGUAAAUACAGCCCUGGGGUGGUCAGAGAGGCCCAUGCCACCCGUCCCCCUUGUGACGUCCCCUCUUUGACCGCCAGCUGACCGUGCAUGCCACGUGGCCAGCUGAGUCCAGGACUCUCCCCAGCCCUAUCCCCGUCAAUAAAACUCUGUUUACAUCCACCGGC